AUGAUGAAUAAAAUUACAAGUCCUGGUCCACUUUCGGACUUUGGAUCCCUAGUGAUCCAGCCUUCACGUUCAGAUUCUUCCAAGCCAGAGAUUGAAAUCGAACCGAAUACAAUUAAAAUUGUAGAUAAAAAUCCUGAUAAAAAUAUUCAAGAUGGUGAAAUCAAUGAAAUUUCCCAAAAACUUCAAUCAUCGGUUUUAAAUGAUACAAACAAAACUAAACCCACUCAAACUCCUAAUUUAACAACUGCUCCUGUUGAAAGGAACCAGAGAACUCAAAAAAUUAUCGACGUAUUGGAUAAAUCUAUAGAUUGGGGACCAACUCAGGUGAUAAUUGACAUUGACGAUACUGUAAAAUCCAGUGGAGGAAUUAGACUUUUUAACGUACCGCUUGGUGGAGUUGAUACUCAGUACGGCCGGGGUGAAUUAUACCCUGGCUGUUUCCAAUUUAUCCUUGAACUUGCAAUGCAUAAAAUGGGUAAAAAUCGAAAACCAUUACUUUUGUCAGUUUUAACGACUAGGAUACCACAGGUGCCUAUAACGGUAGAUUCUGCACUGAAUAUGAGAUUGAGACAUGUGGCAGAGAAGAGAGGAGUUUUGAACUGGGGAAUAGAUUGUGAAAACAAAAUUUUGUACUCCACAUUAAAGGAGUGGGUUUUUAACGAGGCGAGAGGUGAGAAGAAGUUUGUGAACUUUAGAAAACUCCUCAAAUUUGUCUCGAAUGAAAACAGCGACGCUCGUUUUAUCUGGAUAGGUGACACGGGUGAUAGGGAUCUGGAGGCAGGAGAAAUGAUGAUCAAGUAUUUUUCUCACAAAAUAAAGGCAGUUUUAAUGCACUGCGUUUCACCACCAAAGGAAGGAAACGAAGGCACAAUGCCAAACGAUUAUUACCUUAAAUCAGUGCCUGUAUUGUUCUUUAAAACUUAUGUUGGUGCCGCAAAAAAGGCAGUUGAACACGGACUUAUAAGCCAUAACGCACUCUCCAGAGUACUUGUCAGAGCAGUACUUGAACUCAAUGAUAAUACAACAACUGAUCACUCCAAAUGGAAAGAUUUAAUCAAAGAUAUAUUAGAAGUGGAGGAAAUAGCUAACUUGAAAAAAUAUGAACAAGGUUUAAUUGUGAGGACAAGAUCAAUAAUUGAGACCAAAAUCAGAGAAUUAUCGCAAAACAUAUCAUAA